AUGCCUGGCCCGAUGACUAUACAAGAAGAAUCCGAUCAUUUCUCUCCCUACCGAGCGGAUGGAAAGCUCUAUGGCUUUGUGUGCGUGGUCACUGGAGCAAAUAUGCCUGUUGGAGGCGCUAUUGUCACAGAGUUAGCAGCCCAUGGCGCAGCUUGCAUCUAUGCAUGUACUGCUUCCAAACAACCCUCUGGCGUCCAGACUUCGCUUUCUACACUCUACCCCAAUACCAAACUCAUCGACUACCCUUACUCGAUCUCCUCCGAACAAGACACCUUAACUCUGAUAGACGAGGCACUCAACGCUUGGGGACGACUGGACGUUUGGGUUUGCUCUUCAGGUCUUCUGGGUCCUCCCUCCAUUGACCUGACGACGCCAGCGGACCUGCAGAAAUGCUUCGAGGCCAACAGCCUGGCACCGUUCUUCGCCCUGAAAUACGCCCCUCAUGCCAUGCAAAAGACAACUCCCAAAGGCAAUUAUGCCAAUGCAGCGCCGAAGGACCAACGGUAUGGCAGCAUCAUCGUCGUGACUAGCACUGCGAGCACCUACGGUGGCUGCUGGGGGCCAUGCUACACAAUGAGUUCACAUGCCGCUUUGGGCGUGGUGCGCUCCGGCGUCGCCGUUCUCAAAGGUACAGGAGUGCGCAUCAAUGCCAUUAGCCCCGGCCAGAUCGAUGUGGGUGUGAGUUUGAACGGGUUUGAUGCGAAGGGGAUGUUCAACAAUACACAAUUGCCGCCCGCGGCGUUGCAGAAUACGGUCGCGCAGAAGAAUAAUAUCGGACUGGAGAGGGCAGGGAUGCCUGCAGAGGUAGGACGAGUUGCAGGCUUUUUGGCAUCGGGAUUCAGUAGCUAUAUCACGGGUGCGAAUAUGGUGGUGGACGGCGGUGCGAGUGUCAUGUGUCCUUUAAUGGUGCCCAUAUGA